UCGCGGCCCAAAUAUCCGGUCAUGGUAUAUUAUCCCGAAACACAGUAAGGUCGGCGAACUCCCUUAAAAACAGACUUUUUUAAGCCACACAACUAAGUGGAGUGUAGUGCGGAUUACGGAGCGCGAUUCUGGCAUUUAAACGAGCGUUCGUAGUUUAUUUCUAGUCUCAGAAAGGAAAUCACGUCUAGCGAGCUAUCUAGCUAGGAGAGCGACCAAGUAACUUACAGCAUUACUCUCAUCGUUUAAAUCUUUAUUUUAUUCGAGAAGACACUUCAAAACAACCAGUCUAGAGUAAUGGAGGGAAGCAGCUGUCCUGAUGGCGAGUCUAAAUCCCCCUCUGCUCCGGCCUGCUCUAAGAGGCCUGACAAAGCUCUGUACGUACCCAAAAGGAGUGAGGGCGCAGUGGGAGACCAGCGCACAAACACUUGCCCCAGAGAAAAGCCCCAACCCCCAGGUGACAAGAAAUCCAGGCCCAGGCCCCGCUACACCGACAAGGCCCGAAAAUACAAUUCAAAGAAUAAGAAGGAGAAAGGCAGCGUGGAUAAGGCCAAAGCAGGAGAGGGUGCUGUCUUAAAUGGGGAGGACAAAGAGAAAGAAGAGGGGGAUGGACACGGAUCACAGGCCCAGAAGGAUGGGGAGUCUGCGGAAACCACAGAGGCAAACACGUCGACGGAAAAGACUAGCACGUGCCAUGUCGCAGAAGAGACCGUGAAAGUGGCUGAGGAGGAGGAGGAGGAAGAAGAGGGUGACAACUGGGACUCUUUGUUCACGGAUGACGGGGACUGUCUCGACCCCCACCUGUUAGAAGAGAUCUCUCAAAAGGCGGGGCAUAAAAAGACAACCAUUCAGGAGCCACAGUUCAAUUAUUAUGAUUGGUUGGCUGAGGAUGAGGAGGUGGAGCUUCGCGAGGAUGAGUUGGCACACAUCGUGGAGAUCUACGACUUCCCCUUGGAGUUUAAGACGGAGGAUUUGCUAAGAGCCUUCAGUGCCUACCAACAGAAAGGAUUUGACAUAAAGUGGAUUGAUGACACACACGCGCUUGGUCUGUUCUCCAGUCCGAUUGCAGCACGGGAUGCUCUGAGAACCAAACACCCCAUGCUGAGAGUUCGACCUCUCUCCAAAUCUUCUUCAGCCACUAAAGCCAAGGCCCGCGCCUCCUCUGACUACCUCCUGCCGGCUAAAGAGCGACCCCAGACGACUGCGUCUCUCGCCCACCGCUUGGUCAUUGGAGCUCUGGGAGUGAAGAGCCACCAAAGCAAAGAGCAGCGUGAAGCAGAGAGGACUCGGCUACGGCAAGCCAAAGAACAAAAACAGCUGGCAGCAAAACAGCGAGAGGAUGCGUGGGAAGGGAGGUGAACCUGACAACAGGGAGUGUGUGUGUGUGUGCGUGUGCCAGUGUCCCAGGCUUCACCUGCUGUAUGACUUGUCUCCCACCGUCUUGGAUCUUCACUCAGCGUUGUCGGUGUUUCUCACUUAGUCUACAUUUGAAUGCGAUUCCAGCACUUAUCUGAACGAGGCCUGCAGAGCACUGACUACAUGGGCAAGGUGACCAUGGAAAGGGGCCGAGUGUCCAUGGACUGGGGCGGGGUCACUUAGGUCUGCAUCAGGAACCUCUAUCUUCUCUAUGAACCAAAGUCCAACACACUGUCGUUUAACAUCUCAAAUGAGACAAAAAAAAUAAUUUAGAUAUAACUGCAGAAGCUACUGAGCGAAUCGGAAAUGGCUCCUGGUCCCUGAAGCAGCUUUACCAUCUUGUGAAGUGUCUGAGCUAAGGGAAUCAUGUAAUGAGGGAAGGACAUCCAUGUAGUGGAGCGGAUGGAGUGUGUGGUUUGAAAAUGUCCUUAGUGCACCAUGGUAGAAUGAACUCACCAAGAGAAUGUGUUUUGAUAGGCUCAGAGCUGCUUUUUAUAUUCCGAUUUUUAUCUUCUAAGUUUAUGACUGCUGUUCUCACCAAGUCCAGAACACUUUCUGGAUUGUUGAUCCCUACACGUUUGGAAAUCCUGACAGUAAUAGACAGUGUCCUGUAUUUCUGAAUGUUAGUGUCUAGUGUGGAAUGUAAAUACUGUUGUUUUUAGCCCAUUUAAAGACGUUCCGCUCUAAGGUCAGCAAGCCUUUUUUCCCACCUACCCAAUAAAAACCAAAAGAAGAAAGUGAUCUGUUGACCUGUGUGAUCCCUUUCAGGUUGCAUAAAGCUUUAUGAGCAGGUCUAUUCAGUGUUAAACACACACAGCACUUCUACAAAACUUCUCUUAAUGGUGAUCUGAAUAAAUAGGAAACGUUU